AUGGCUCCUGCUUCUGCACCGACUGACAUUACCCUUGACUCCGUGUCAGUUUAUGGGUUUACCGCUGUCCCUGCAUCCGCAUCUUUACUGCUCUCAACUACGACCUCGACUGCUGCGCCUUUUAUUCCAGUCUCAGAGAUUCCAGUCCCGGACACAGCACUCUCUGAGCGUAUCAAGAGAUACGCGCAAUCUGAACCUCCCGAUGAGGCCUACUUCCUUACAUGUCUACUACAUGAUAUCGGUUCUACGGAAGAAAACAUAACCAAAACAAAAUUAAGUUUUGAAUUCUAUGGCGGCUUACUAGCAUUGAACGUCUUACAAGAGACCUCGAAUACAUCGGCACCAGAGGCGACCGCCGCUCCUGACCUUGCAGAGAGUGUUGCUGAAGCUAUAAUUCGGCAUCAGGACUUUCGCGAUGAAGGAAAGAUCACGGCCGUCGGGCAAUUGCUACAGCUCGCCACCACCCUGGGAAGGUUGAUAAGAUUCCGAGCUGGUGACAACGUUGGUGCCCAUACCGAACUUGUCCAUUCAUUGACCAUUGAAGAUAUCUCCCGGCAUUUCCCACGACGGGGCUGGAGCCGCUGCUUUGCCGCUACUCUUCGCAAAGAGACCGAGUUGAAGCCAUGGUGCCAUACUACUGUCUUGGGAGAGGGGGCUUCUGCCAGGGUGCUUGGAAAUAAGCUUAUGGUGCCGUACGAGUAA